GGUGUACGACCAACACCAACCACAACUGUUAUUGCCAACAGAUUGAUAAUAUGUCUCUCGUUCCUAUGUAUAUCAUUAUUGAUGUCCUCGCCGCCUCACGCAUCUCUCUUCUUCACCCGGGGUAGUCUGCGAUAUUGAUUACUGUGAUGUCGCUCUGCACCAGUCGCGUUGUCAACCGAGAAUCGUCGAGAUCUCCUUCAGCCAGCUUUCGAUACACCAUAUAUUCACAUUUACAGUCCCUUGUUUAUACGAUAUGGCGGACACACUCUCAGAGUCGCAGAUUCAAGAGUUAAAGAAGCUUUUUGACAAGUAUGACCGGGACAAGGGCGGCAAAAUCACCACAUCGGAGUUGGGGGCUAUGCUGACGUCACUAGGUCACGAGAUGACCCUGGAGGAGGUUGAGGAGAUCAUCAACCAGUUUGACAAAGACGGCAACAAGACAAUGGACUUUGAGGAGUUCCAGAAUAUGAUGCUCAAGAAAGUUGAAGACGCUAAAUUUUCUAAAGAGAUUAUUACCGAUUUCAAGAAGUACGACUUGAACGGCGACGGUUUCAUUAGCCCCAACGAAUUGAGGGAGGUGAUCAGAGUCCGGGGGGAGCGUCUCUCUAACGCUGAGGUGGACGCCAUGAUGCAGACUGUCGACCUCAAUCAAGACGGGAAGGUUAAUUAUGAAGAAUUUGUGAAGGUGAUGGUUGCCUAGUGACUCGCAAACAACUUUGACAAUCAGAAGUCAUCGGUAGUUUCCGUCUGCGAAAUUAUGUUCCAGAUUUGAACGUUAUGGAUGGAUCACUGAAUGCUUGAUAUGGUCCAGCAUUGCAUUGUUAUUAAAUGGUGUUCAUAUAUAGGGAUGUAUGUCUGAAUGAUGGUAUACGUGCCUGCGUGGGAUAUCAUAAUACUACUCAACAGCUGAUAGCAAGGCAGGGAAGUAAUGCGUUUGGUGUAUCACGGAGUAAUAGCAAUCCUUAUCAAAAGUUGAGUAAUAUGUCCCACCUAAUUUCUCAAUGCCCGUAUUUAAUAUUGUUUGAAUUAACUUACAUUCAGCAUUCGAUAUCAAAACUGAC